AUGGCUUACAAGAUGAAAGGGGUCUUCAAGGGCCUCAGGAUUAUUACUCAAAUCUUUGUGGUGAAGGAGCAAGAGAUGGAGAUUGGUCAUCCCAUAGACGUGAAGCAUGUCGCGCAUAUCGGUUGGGAUAGCCCGACAGGGAGUGCUGCUACUUCUCCUACUCCUAGCUGGAUGAACAACAUGAAUGGUACACCGGACGUUUCAACGUUGAGCAAUUCCGGACCAUCUACAGGUACCUCCUGGAGUUCUCAAGAUUUUGACCACCCUCGAGACAUAUCAGCCUAUGGUAUACCUCCAGAAAAUAGUAGUCCGGGAUCAACACCGUACCCUGACAUACCAAAGCCACCCCGAAAGGCUAGAAGGAAGAAAUCUACCAAGAACAGUUCGCCAACGGCAUCAUCAAGAUCAUCAAGGUCAUCAAGAUCAAGAUCUAAGGGUUCACUUUCAUCCACUACUCCUGACACCAUUGGUGCCAAUGAUAUUCAACGUGAAAUCCGGAUUUUUAGCUGA